CAGGCUCCUUGGUGCAAAUUGGGUGCAGACUUAUUGACAUCCGCCUCAAUUCCUAACCAUCAUCCUUAAGCUCAGCCAACAUGCAACAGUUGGAGGUUCCCGCUAUCGCGUGGAAGGAAGAUUUGGCAGGCAUCAACGACCUUCCAGUGGAAGUCCUUGAAGAGAUAUUUUUGACAUACCACUCCAUGGUGGCGUUGUCCACCUUCCCAUAUGUCCGCCUACAAAUCUUCACCCACCUUGCGCCAGUGUCGCUAACGCACGUCUGCCGUCUUUGGAGGACUAUAUGUCUCUCGUUACCGACGUUGUGGAACGCCUUCUACGUUCCACCUAGGCUUCAUGCAUCCGGUGUUACUACCUCCUUGCUGUCCCUGUGGUUGGAACGGUCUCAAGGGGCGCCACUCUGGAUUGACAUCGCGCGACGGACCAUUCCGAUGCCGCCAAUAGAGGCCCGUUCGAUUAUGACACAGGCGUACAGGUUGAAAGUACUUUCUCUGAACCCACAGGAUGGAUUUAUUGAAGAUUUUCUCUCCCUUCCCCCCGACGCCACCCCAGCACUCGAAGGACUCGCCAUUCGCCAGGGUGACUUGAGAUCUAUGCAUCCCAAUUUACUCCCCCUCCUCUCAAACAAAAUUCUUUCCCUUCCUUCCAUCCGUCAACUCUGCUUUGAAUUGUCAGGGUUUCCAACCCCAGCCUACCAAUCCAUGCUUGCGGAACUCCCCCUCGCAAGGAUGACGCAUUUGAACUUCCGCACGAUAACGACGUUUGAGGACUGCAUCUCUAUACUCCGUCGGUCCACAUCAGCCGUUGAAAUUUCCUUCUACGAAAGCAUCUGGGGCUCGGAUCACCCCACACAACCAGCAAAGCGGACAGAACCGAAGAUCUGCCUUCCCAACUUGAAGUCACUCACCAUGUACCCGCGAUUCCCUGUGAGUCGCAUCUUGUCGCGGUUCACAUGCCCAUCCCUCCGAAGGCUCAUCAUCCGCGAUGAGCCGCCCCAACCGGACGUCGACGCAGCCAGCAUCGACUUUGAACAGCGCAUCCUCGACGAUUUCGUCAGAGACACUCAGCUGGAGCAACUCAUUCUCCAGGACGGCAAGAAACAGUGUUUCCAGCCCCUCAAGUCUCUCCUCAAAAUGCCAGCUGUGCAACGGGUUCCCAACGUCGAGGUCUACCUUUUGAAGGUACCUCGUAAACAUGGACCAGUUUCUUCUGAUGGGUAUCAUUGUCCUGUAGCCACUUGUACAAGGCCCCACCUUGGAUGGAAUAGUUCUCGUUCUCAGGUGCAGUUGGGAACACAUCUCACUGUUACAGAAUGGGAAGAGAAUUUUUGGAGAGGAUGGGACUGGAUGGACCACGAGCCUCGGCAAUGGUUGAUGAGAAGGGGAUACCAUGGUUUCAGGGGCUUUUGCAAUUAA